AUGUGUGGUAAUUUCCAGGAAGAUCAAGAAGCGGAGUUGAUUGAGCGAGAUACGAUGAUGACUUGUCGUGAGGAUCGUCUUCAAGAGGCCCUCCAGGUCAAUAUUAACGCUUCGAACGACACCCAAAUCAAAAUUCGUCUUUUACUGUUUCAGGAUCUCACUGAGCAAGACAGCUGCCAUGUCAACUCGGAAAUUGAAAAGGCGGAGGCUUUCAUGGAGGAUUUGAAGGCCGAGCGCCUACAGUUUCAAGCUGAUUGCGAUCACGCUCGGGCUCAGCGCGAAGACAUCGCUCGAUUUCUUCAUGAGCUGUAA